AAAUGAAUGUGACAGCAAUCCCUGUGGGCCAAACUCCCAGUGCCAAAAUACAUUUCGAAGUUACGAGUGUGUCUGCAACGCUGGGUACGAAGCAGUCAACGGAACUUGUGCUGAUCACAAUGAAUGUGAUUCGAGUCCUUGUGGUCCCAACGGCGUCUGCUCCAAUAGCCCUGGAAGUUUUAGCUGCAAUUGCAGUGCAGGAUACGAUUUCAGUGGGGGAUCUUGUGUGGGUAAGUCCGGAGCCUUAUCAAGUCUGUGAUUGUUCUGCUAAAGACAUCGAUGAAUGUUUGAGCAAUCCAUGUCCAGAUGUCUCCGUGUGUACGAACACUCCUGGAAGUUACCUGUGUCAGUGUCCUCCUGGUUACAACUUGACCUCAGGAGCUUGUGUUGGCUGAACAACGGAUUGUGGAUCCGAUACGACAGAGAAGGAUUUCAAGUUAUGUGUCCAGACAGAUCAAUGGCCUCUUCACGGAUGUUCGUCACCGCUGACGGAUGCAUUGGAACCGCAACCAAAUACACGGUCCGUGGAGUUAGCACCAUCAUCCGAGAACGAGCUUACUUCACUCAUUUUUCGUGGUCAAGUACUAUCAUCCCAGCCUUACCCCUUCCAUACAAUGCGAAAGUGGCCCAUCAGCUAUCAAAACUAGCUAGUAUAGACCACACAACAAAGGCUUAUCAUGUCGAGGAGGAUCUACGGUUCUACAGGCUGCUAGCUGUGAUGUGCGUUCCGGUGGUGGUUCCCAUCACCGCUAACGUAUUUGCUUGGCGUAGGUUGAGGCGAACACGUAUGGAUCAUCAACAGAACGUCGUACCCCGCCCAGACAAUUUUCCUAUUGCCCUCAAAGGGUUUGAUUUUAGAGCAACCUGAAAUUGGCCAUUUCAUUUUGACUCGAAGGAAAGUUGUUUGGAAUUGUGUUUUGUGUGAAAAGCGGUUUGAACACUGGAAAAAUGUAUAACAGGAAACUCUGAGACAUUGCAUUCUAUAUAUAUAAGUAUGAGAAGCUUAAUUAAUCAGUAUCAUUAAAUAUAUAUGGUAGGGCACCUAAUAAGAUCAAUUGAAGCCCUACGUAUCAAUAUAUCGGUGCGUGUACGUACCUGGAAUCUCUAUGUGCACACUUAUCUGAAUUUAUAUCUCAAUUUGGUAACAACUAUUCUUAAACAAGUUACUUAUUAUCAUUAUCAUUUUAUCCAUGUACAUGCUAACCUUUUAUCUUAUCACAUUUUUUUGGUACCAUUUAACCACAUAUGCAUUUUAGAAUGUAAUUCUUAUGUCAUGCAAUCAUCAGCAGUACGGCAGUACUUUCUGUUGUGUAUAUAUCCUCAUGACUAACAGUAUAUCAAUACCCAUAAGGUAUGGCAUAUUAGUAUGAUAUCAUAUGCAUUUAUCUUAUACAUGGAUCUUCCAUGCAUUAUUCUUUAAUUAUGAGUAUUUCUAUAGAUCUUAUGUAUGUAUUUUUUUUUUACAUAUAAUCUGUUAAAAAUCAUUCCUUAACCACUUGAUGGUAACUAGGACUAACUAUAUAUUCAUAUUAAUAUCUCUAUCACACUCCUAUGAGUCAUAUACAAAUUAAGCUUUAAUGUUCAGUGUUUGGCUUGUAACUGACUGAGCAUUAAUGUAAUAAUUACACACAC